UAAAAUAACAGACCAGAUCUGUCACACACACUGAAAUAUUUGUAUCCAAAUUACAUUUUUAGUGUAACCAUUAUUUUAAGAGGUUCUAAGAAAUCAUCGUUGAGAUCAACAAGGACAUCUGACCAUGCAUCGCUGGUUCUUUGCCACCGAGCGGGAGGAGUGCGAGCCCAAGCCGCAGGAGGAUGGAGUAACAACCCCUCGAGAGGCCGAAGAGCCGACCGCCCCCGCUCCAGUUCCCACAACCGACUGGCCCUUCUGCGUGAAGUUCCACCGACCGCUGGCAGGAAACGAGUACGUGGCCCUCAGUGGCAACUGCGACUCCCUGGGCAACUGGGAUCCCAAGGAGGUGUACAUCCUGGCGAAGAAAGAGUGCCACGACUGCAUUUGCAAGUGCUACCAGUUCGAGGCGACCCUGGAGAUACCCCGUAAUAAAGACAUCCACUACCGCUACUGCGUGGUGGUGUACGAUCCAAAGUCGGAUGAGGUGUACAUCCGCUUCUGGGAGUCGCAGCUGAAGCCCCGUGUUAUCCGUACCUGCCAGAACAUGCUGAAGCGGUGCGAUAACUUUGGAACACCUCACGAUGAUGACGAUGAGAACAAGGUGGACCGCGGAUGGGCCACCACGGAGACCAUUGUCCACCUGAAGAUCUUUAAUGCUCCCUUCAUCUGGCAGCAUCAGAAGCAAAGACUUCUGUAUGUACGUGUGCAACCCAUGUAUGAGGUGCCCGAAGAUCCUUGCUCUGGGAAGGCUCAGCCCGUGAGACCGGGUUUUUCGACCACGAGGAUGUCGAGCUACUUGGACUGCAGCAAAAGUGUUGACGAGGAAUUGAACCUUCGCAUGGCUCAAGUCGAGGUGGUCAACUUGUGCUCCAAGAAACCCCUGGCCUUUCAGCCCCCCUUUGGAGUUCGCUGUGGUCCCGAGGACAUGGAGUUGUUCCACUGCUCCAUAGCCUUUCCCGCGGAAACCCUCUACCGGUUGGAUCUCUACACCUAUGCCCACAAGGCGGCUUCGGAUGAACCAGCCUAUCACUAUGGGUAUGGCUUCCUGAUGCCGGAUCAGUUGCUGGACACGGAGGGCUCUGCCCGGGUGAAGAUCACCUGCGCCUCCACCCACCGCCCGCUGAUGGAGAUGUGUGUGCGGUACCUUGUGAUUCGUCCAUUGGACAACUUCCAGUCCGAUCUGAGUCACAGCUUCGAGCGUCACUGGCGGAAGAGUCGCCUCUGCAUGAACAUAGGCCACAGGGGAUCGGGAAAAACCUACCGAUUGGGCAGCGAUUUGGUACGGGAGAACACCUUGUAUGGCUUUAAGCAGGCUGCUCUGGCCAAUGCGGACAUGGUGGAAAUGGAUGUCCAUCUCACGCAAGACGCCCAGGUGGUGGUCUACCAUGACUUCGUCCUUCGUUUCCUGCUGCAACGAAUUCCUAGCUAUGAGGAUAUCCUCGAAAAUCAGGACGUCCUAAUAUUUGCUUAUGAAAAACUAAACAAACUAAUGCUCCUGGCCAUGGGUGGUUGCAAGCGCAAGGACCUCAUUGCCGUGCCCCUGGAGGCUUUCACCUAUGAGCAGCUAAAGGAGGUAAAAGUCCUGCGCUUCGUGGGCAGCAAAGGCUGCGAGGUGUCCUGUGACAGGAUGCUGCAGGAACAGCGUCCAUUUCCCUUGCUCCUUGAUCUUUUGGAACCAGAGAGUCUGCCCAUUAGCACGGGCUUCCUCAUCGAAAUCAAAUGGCCCCAGAUGACCAACUCGCGUCGCUGGGAGCGCGACAGCUUCAAGCCCACCUUCGAUCGGAACUUCUAUGUGGACACCAUCCUGGAGCUUGUCCUGAAGAACGCCGGAAAGCGGCGCAUUGUCUUCUGCAGCUUCGAUGCGGACAUUUGUGCCAUGGUGCGGUACAAGCAGAAUGUCUAUCCGGUUACCCUGCUCCUGGAGGAUCCGGAUUCGCCUGUUCAGUACGCAGACCAGAGGGUUAGUGUGCAGGAAAGAGCCGUGGAGUUCUGUUACGCCAUGGAGUUCUUGGGUAUGACCCUGCACGCCAAUUCCCUCCUGAACAAACCCGCCACGAUGGCCCUUCUACAUCAGUUCCACCUGGAGGCCUUCACCUAUGGAAGACCCACCAUCAGCCUGGAGAUACGCAAUAUACUCAGGAAGCAUGGAGUGCUGGGCAUCAUCUACGAUCGACUGGACCAACUGGAUCAGGUGGGAGAGGAGCUGGAGGGUGACACGGUUUGCACCAUCGAUUCGAUGACCACCAGGCGUAUGAUCCGGGAGACGGAGGUCGAGGAGUGGCGCCAGAAGUGUGGCUACAAGCCAGAAACCACCGUGGUAGCGAGAAAUAUCUACAUCGAUUGACGAUGGUUUUACCCCGCUGACUAAUAAAGUAUCUGAAGUUA